CACACAAAAAAGAAAAAAGAAAAAAGGAAAAUAGAAAACCCUUCUUCUCCAACAAGAAAUCUCCGAUUGCUGUCACUUUGCAAAAAGGGAAAUCCCGCAGCAAAUCUCUCUCUCAUUGACAUUUUUCUCUCCUCGACGUUCUCUGAAGCAACACUCGGACUAAACUCUCUCUCUCUCUCUCUCUCUCUCUCUAAGACAGCAAGCAUGGGAGACAGUCAGUACUCCUUCUCUCUCACCACUUUCAGUCCUUCAGGGAAGCUGGUGCAGAUUGAACACGCUCUGACGGCGGUCGGAUCCGGCCAAACCUCUCUUGGGAUUAAAGCUGCUAAUGGUGUUGUUAUUGCGACUGAGAAGAAACUUCCUUCUAUCCUGGUUGAUGAAGCAUCUGUUCAAAAGAUACAAUCUCUCACACCAAAUAUUGGAGUUGUUUACAGUGGUAUGGGUCCAGACUUUCGAGUUUUGGUUCGAAAAAGUAGGAAGCAGGCAGAACAAUAUCAUAGAUUGUAUAAGGAACCGAUACCUGUCACGCAACUUGUUAGGGAAAUUGCAGCUGUUAUGCAGGAGUUCACUCAGUCUGGUGGUGUAAGGCCCUUUGGAGUAUCUCUGCUGGUUGCUGGGUUUGAUGACAAUGGAGCGCAAUUGUACCAGGUGGAUCCAUCGGGUUCGUAUUUCUCAUGGAAAGCCUCGGCAAUGGGGAAGAAUGUCUCAAAUGCAAAAACAUUCCUAGAGAAGAGGUAUACCGAUGAUAUGGAGCUUGAUGAUGCUGUGCAUACAGCUAUUUUGACGCUGAAGGAGGGAUUUGAAGGACAAAUUUCAAGCAAGAACAUUGAGAUUGGAAUAAUUGGGACUGACAAAAAAUUCAGAGUGCUAACCCCAGCUGAGAUUGAUGAUUAUUUAGCUGAAGUGGAGUAGUUUGCUGGCUGCUAUUGCCAGACAGCUAUGAAGAGAUAUUUUUAAUCAAAUUUGUGUUGCAUUGUAGGAGGGGUGAUCAAUUUGAUGUACACUAAUUUGUUUUGAAUUGAUAGGAUUAAGCUGCUUCCUAAAAUUGAAUUGGAGCAGCAAACUUAUGAGCCUUUAGACUCUGAAUGCCAAAACUUAAUUUUAAAAAAUGGCUUUUCCAUGCAGUCCCAAAAACAAAAAUAGAAAUGGAAAAAGAGAAAGAUCUGUGUUUGAGUU